AUGACUUCUUCUGGUGAUCCUAAUCCUACUACGAAUUAUCAGCAAGAUGAUGAUAAGGACCGACCUCUACAAAUUCUGGCAUACAUGUUUGCUGGACUUGCUAUGAUGCUUAAUAUUAGGCUUUCAUAUAGUGCUGCGCCAUUUGCCUUGUUGAGGUUUAAGUUACCUGAGAAUCUGUUCAGUGUCUUCGUUAGGACAACUUCAAGUGCUUUGGAACUUUGGUGUAUUCCAAGCAUGCUUCUGGGAAACAUAAUGGAACAAGUCUAUAACCAGACUCAAGAUACUGCGAUAGGAAUUCAUGCAACCAACCUUAAAGAAACAGCAGGUUCAACUGAUGGUGAAAAACUCCAAGGAAAGGCCGGUACACUUCAUAGUGAAGCCACAAAACUAGAAACUGCACUAAAUAGUGACCCUGCUGCUGGUCUUGUCACAGCACUCAAGGAAGCCUCUAGUAAACCUAGUGCUAGUAGUGAAGAUGAGAAGGGUCUUAAGGAGUUACUCGAAUCAUUUCAUAAUGCUCAACCUACUGAUGUAGUUGCUAAGGCCCAGAAGGUAAUUAAGAAAUACAAUGAGGUGGCUGGUAAGUACAAAGAAGUGAAAAAUGAUGCAAAAGCUAGUAAAAAUCCUGCAUUUACCCAGGUUAAAUCUGCAUUCGAAGAUCUUCAGAAAGAGUAUUCUGAUGCUAUAUAUAAAUACAAGUUCUGGGUAAUUACUAUUCCUUCCAUGGUUACUAAUUGGUUAAACUUUCUCACAUUUGUAAUCCUGUUGAUAGUUUUCGUUACUGGUGGUGAUCAAGGUCAUGUUACUGGUUAUUAUGUGAUUAUGGCUAUAUCAGGAUUUGUAUUUGGUAUUAAUAUGGUGCUGGUGUAUGCUGUAGACUAUAGAUAUCUUCCAUUCUAUAUGGCUGGUGAAAACUCAUUUCCAAUGGUCACCUCAAUGAUACUAUACUUUGCUACAUCUAUAUUUGGUAAUAGGAGGAAAUACAAUUCCGACUACCUUGUUGUAGUAAUUGACGUAUCCAUAGCAAUAGUUAUCGCAUUUGUAGCUUCAGUUCUGUGGACCUGGGCGUUCUACAACUAUAGGGCUCCAAAGUAUGGUGGCCUAGAACCAAAAUGGCCUGAACUAGUUUCUCCAGUUGCUAUGGUCAUUGUUGGUAUGGGACUAGUUUAUGCCAUUUAUCCUGCUAUUGCACCUGGUAUGAUUGUACCAUUCUAUCUCAUUGAUAAGAUUGAAAUGGUUCUCCUGGUAGCAACAGCAUUCCCACCAGUCAUCAUAGCUAUCCUAAGAUUAAAGGCACCAGAUUGGUCUCCUCAAACAGAUUUCCUCCUACAUUCAGGAAUAUAUAAGUUCGGAGGAUGGAAAGAUUACAAAGCAAACGACUUCGAAGGCGGCGGAGUCAAGGCGGGUGAUCAUGUUUAUGGUUGGAUAUGGCACUUCUUUGACAUAAUGAUUCCACUCCAGAUCUGUCUAGCUAUCAUUUUCAUAUACUCCCUUCAUUACAGAGAUUCUUCUAUAUCUAGAUCUAUUGUCAAUCAACCUAAAAUGUCUACAUUUCUAACAAUUGUAUUUUAUAUGUGUCAUGAAAUUAUGUUAGCAUUAGGUUUUCCUGGUAUGGUUGGUAACGGUGGAGCUGGAGGUGAUGUUUUGCUUCCGGUUCAGUACGUUGGUGCACUACUGAUGGUCUUCCUAGCAUUCUAUAGCAUAGGUUAUAUCACAGAGUACAAACGACACGAUCCUUCCGAGUGGCCAACAGACGGAAUGACGUGGUGGAAUGCCCUAUGUUACUGGUUAAAGAUGGCGAGCAAAAUUACCAAUAAAAAUUUCAAACAAUUGUUUACAACUGAUUUAAUGAUAGAUUCAAAAUUUAAAUAA